GCACCUUUAUUGGUCUUCUCAUAAUAAUCUCACAUUUAUGUAAUCCAAGAAUAAUCCCACAUUGGCACCUCAUCUUCUUUCAUUGGACUCUGACCUAUUGAUGACCUACAAAGGUGGGAUUAUUUAUAAAAGAUUUAAAAAAAAGGUGUCCAAUGAAAGAAGAUGGGUGCAAAGGUGGGAUUAUUCUGGGAUUAUGUAAAGGUGGGAUUAUUAUGAUAAGAAAAUCAAUUAGACCCUCAAUUAAAAUUCCACUCAAUCAAACCCUCGAAGUCUCGAACUCAUUUUUAAGUGGCAAACCUUCCCUUUUAACCGGUAAUGAAUUUUUGAUCGGUUACUGUGCACACAUGGAGACCCACAUGACAGUUUUUUUUUUUUUUUCAUUUUUCCUUUUUUCCUUCUCCUGCUCCUUUCUCCUGCGCCCGUUCCAGCAACCCCCUUCCGGCCUCCCCCCUUCACCACUUCUUCCAUUUCUUCCAUCAACAUCAACCCUUUCUUCUCCCAAUUCCCACCCACCAGUCGUCGGCCAGUGCUUCACUCCGCAGCUUGAGAGAGACCCACGUCGCUGGAGAUUCUCGAGUACCAGCUGCACGCCGGAGUGGCGGAUGCCUCCUUCUCACAGAUCGCUCAUCUACUGCCCACGAGUCGAUGGCUUCCGUUAAAGCUUCCGGGUCAGCGACGGUGCUCCGUGAGACCUCCAGGCCGGCCAUUUCCAGAUCCGCCGUAGCUUCAAUUCGGACACCGCCCUAGUCGACGGAGGAGAAGUGGGGAGCGGGAGUGAAGUCGGAGGGAGGUGAGAAGGGUGAAGUGAGGCCAGAGAAGUAGAGAAAGAAGAGAAUGGGAAAGAAAGAAAAAAUGUGAAGGCGUGCAGGGGCGGAUUCAGGAAUGAAGAGUGGGGUGGGCUAAGCAAAAAAAGUUGUUAUUGCAAACAAAAAGUUUGGUUUAUGGCCGUUAUCGAACCGAGCUUUUUUGAACUACUCGAGUCCGGGCGUGAUUUCGGAUUUAAUUUAACGACUCGAACUUAACCCAUCUUUUUCAUCUCAAAUAGUUAUUCAAGCCGAGUUCGAGCAUGGUGAUAUUCGGUUCGAUCCGGAGUCGAGCCUGUCGACAACUCAUAAAUUAUAGGAAUGAAUUUUAUUUAUCUUAAAAUUUAAACAUUUUUAGUGCA